AAAAGAGGCAGAAGCGUGUAUGAAAUAAUUAUAAGGUUUGAUAAUAACUGACAUUAUAUUUUAUUACAGCAGGCCUAAAACUCUGGACAGGCCUAAGGAUGGUGGAUAGAUCGUCAAGUCCACCCAGCGCUUCUGUCAGUAUCCUUCAAUGUCCGCGAUGCAUGAACACAUAUGAUUUGGUGGCACGAGCUCCUAAGCGACUGAGAACUUGCAGACACACUUUCUGUCUCUCUUGCAUAAACCAGAACCAUGGGGGCAAUCCGGCUUUGGAACAAUCGUGUGGCUUCUGUGAUGGCAUAGAACAGGGUGACGUGGGGAAUCCAGAACAGCCAAAUAAUGAGGCGGUCAUCGCGGACCAAAACCGUGAAAUCACGUGCCCAUUAUGUCACACAAAGACGCCGUGUCGAAACUCCAUGUCAGCAUUUGAAGAUAACCCGUAUGUUCAACGAAUUCUGUCGUCGCGGUCACCAACUAUUGAUUCUUCGGAAAUGUCAUGUGAGAUGUGUGAUGCCAUGGGGACCGUAAGGGUCCUCUGUCGCACCUGUACACUGUUUUUGUGUUGGGACUGCCGAGAAAGCCACGUGACGUCACCAUUACAGCAUGACGACCUCCACGAUAUAUCCCAGUUAUCUGGUAAUUACGGGGACGGAGUUCCAGGUCUGAUUGGUCAAGCCAGGAUAAUGUUCCCUAAGGUCCGCUUCUCAGUUGAAGAGCUUAGCCGUCAUAAAGAACAGUACAUUAGCUCCGACUUCGGCAUCGUUGAACUGAUUAGAGACGUGAGUGACUUUUUUAAGCGAACUGAAAAGAGACUGGUAAACAUCGGGGUUGUCGGAGCGACCGGAACGGGAAAGUCGGCUCUGGUGAACGCGCUCCGAGGCAUUGAGAUGGAUACAGAGGAGGAAUACACCCAAGGUGGUCUCAUGGUUGCCAGGGUGGGAGACACGGCUUCGAGUGGCUCUGUCUUCCCCACGCCAUAUAAGUUACCAAAAGUGAAAGGGUCGUAUCUCUGGGAUAUCCCAGGCUAUGGUAUGCCCCGCCCUAUAAAGGUGUUUCAGCAAAUGAAUGAUGCCGCAGCUACAUCUGGCUCCUCUGUUCAAAGCGACGCUUCGUCUGCCAGUGAGACGCAAGGAGAAGCCAGUUACAAUUACGUAUCACACCUGGACUGCGUAUUACUGGUGAUAUCCGAGAGAAUACAAGAAACUGACCUCAGCUUACUGCGGUUACUGAAAGAGCACAAUUUCCCCAAGAACAGAAUCUUCAUAGUGCGGAGCAAGAUUGACAAUGCUAAAAAGAUCAAACGACUUAACAAUUCAGGGGAUCAUCCGAACCUGCGCCACACCACUCGCGUUUAUUUGGACGAGAUUCGAAGUGAUGUACACAAGGAGAUUGAAAUUGUAGCACGUGCCAUGGACUCGGAGUUUCUGGACUGGGUUUCAGAUUUUUUGAACGCGGGACGGUAUUUUCUUGUCUCGAGUUACGAGAUCUCGCGGUAUGAUAUGAUGGCGCUCCAGACGGCGAUGUCAUCAGCGGCAAGGCAAGCCUGCCAAGAGGCUUUAGAUUCAGUCGUGCAAAGGGAAGGGGUCACUCAGAUAUCAGCCCUGUUCGAGACAGUUUUGCAGAAGAAGAGAGAGAGGUUGGAGAGGCGCAUCUUGUCUCAUGUUCGAAAUGCAGCCAUUGCGUCGGUGCUUCCGUUGGGAAACAUGGUUGUGCAGUCAAGCUGGUACAACUUUUUGUCGGCUUGUGAGCGACAUUUUGGGGUCUUAAGCAAGGGGCUGGCAGAGCUGAGCAAUAUGUGUCAACUACCAAGAGAAGAGCUGCUCGACUUGCUUGGAGGCAAUACCGAACCAAUAGAUGGCGCGACAAGCGAAUCCUUUAAUUCGACCCUGUACUCGGACCUGCCGCGCCAACCAAAUUCAAGGCAACAAGAUGAUCUCAUCAUAGACAGAGCUUUUCAAGAGGCGGUGGGAGCCACCACUCACAGCCUCCUCAACGUCGUAUUCGGUACGUACCCGGUGAUCAAUCUGCCAGUCAACGUCGGGCAGACCUAUACACUUCUCCAUAACACCCUAAGACUAGUGUUCACCGCCGGUCAUAACGCUUUGGAUAAAGCGCUGCAAGUGCGUGUAGCUAAACUGCGAGAGAGGUACAGAAAUAUGGAUCCUUCAGGACAUGUUGAUCGUUCUGUUAUUGAUUAAGCAGUGACUCGUUAAAUGUACACUCCAUGAGUUAAAAGAAAAUCCCCUAAAAGUUUAUUUUUGCCACGGCUGAUGCAACCUUGCAUACGCCUUUAACCCCUUAAAUAUUUUUUCUGGGGUUACCUGAUGUUUAUAUUUUUUUCAUCGGAAUCUAGGAAACGGUCGCUGUUAUAUAAUGAUUGGCCGGUCCCGUUAAACAAAUCAACAAUCAACCUUUAUAAAACUGAUUAAAGGUCUAAUCCAAGUGUAGAGAGGAAUGGCUAAAUGAUCCGUGAGUACGAGAAAACUGCUUAUUUCCCGGGAAAAUCAAUAACACUUAAUAAAGAUCGCCAAAAGUUCUCUUUUUAUUUCAAAAAGAUAUGUGCACGUCCAAAAAUCCACGGCUCUAAUUUCAGUAUUAUUACAAUACGUAACAGGUAAUGUGAACCAUAUCUUUGUUAAAUUGAUCUAUUGUAUAGAGAGUAUAAAAUUGGAAAGAUAUUCAAUUAUUUGCAUCCAGAAUUAUUUCUUCAAAAAUGGUUUAUUUAUUAGCACAGAAUAGCAUAAGAUGUACAUAUCAAUACUUUCAUUAAUGGUCUGAUUCACUCAGUAAAGUGGUGUCACACAAAACUAUUAUUAUUAUCGCUAAAUUAUUAUUAUUAUUAAUUAUUUAACUUGCAACCUGAGAGUUGCAUCUUAGUUAAAUAAAGUUACUAAUGAAUAAAGAUAGAA